CAGAUUCAAGCAGGACGGGAGCUGCUCAGUCAUCACGAUGUCGUUGUUGAGUCACCAACAGGAUCUGGAAAAACUCUCGCCUAUCUUUUACCGAUGUUCACUAUCUUGGAGAAGAGGGGCACGUUCCGAAAACAUGAAUUUGGAGCAGUGAUUCUUUCCCCAUCUCGUGAGCUCUCGAUACAAAUCGCAUCGGUUGCUGCCCCUUUUGCGGCAAAACUUGACUAUUCAGUAGUUGUCACUGUGGGUGGAACAAAAGUCGAACAGAAUUUGAAAAAGUUGAAGAACGGGAAUAAGAAAGUGAUAAAAAUUAAAGAAUCCAGCAACCUGGUCUCUCCUUCCACGCUGAACAACUUCUACACUGUUUGCGAAGCAUCAGAGAAGUUGAUAUGUGUGGUGGAAUUUAUUCGCAGCAAGCCCGACAAGAAAGUGCUUGUUUUCUUUCCGUCGUGUGGAGGAGUGAAAUAUUUUCAUACGAUUGACGACUUCCGCAAAAGUGACAAUGCAGUGAUGUUGUCAACCGAUGUGAUGUCUCGCGGCAUUGACAUCCAAGACAUUGACUGGGUCAUACAAUUCGAGGUGCCCAAGCUAUCC